AUGUCUUCGAGGGAUUAUAAUACAUCAGAAGCUCGCAACGUCCUUGGCAACAAGCCAUAUUUUCAACAUUUUGUUCGACCAAGUCGCUCUACUUCUCGGACCAGAAGCAACCGGUCCGACGAUGUCAGUCUUGCUAGCACCGCGCGGUAUAACAUACAACCGCCAAGAGGUGUUCAAGUUUUCAAAAAGUCAUCAACCGCUUGGGCAGAGACUUGGGUGCCGUAUACUUUCAAGCAUCCCUUUCUGGCAGUCCUGAGCUUUGUCUCUCUAUCUCUCUGUCUGAUCACCUUUUUACUAUGGUGGCGUUCGUCUACAAAUUAUGGACUUGGCCCCGACAAUGGCUCGUCAGUUCUCUUGUUCGGCUGGAGAUAUACACCAACCCUAAUUGCUGUGAUAUACGUUCAAAUGACCGCUGUACUGUUCGGGGACAUCAAACGCACGGAACCUUAUGCACGAUUGGCACGAAAAGGGGGGGCAGAUUCAUCAGUUAGCAUCCUCGAGCCACCGGUGGCCUGGUGGACUGCGCUUUAUAACGGCUUCGCGAAAAAAAAGAAUGGCGCGCUCAGCUGGGCUCUAAUCUGCGCAUCCUUUCUCAAUAUAUUCGGCUUUUUGGCCAUUUCGUCUCUAUCUUCCGCCUAUCUAUACUCUGAUGAAGUGGAGGUUCCCAAAUCGGCCGACUUUCUUCAAUUGACACCGACCACCAAAUCUCCUCUGCCAAUCGAUGCAGACCGCUCAACACACUUCCGAACAAUCGCCAAUUUGUUGCAAAAUGUGUCGACAUCUCCAUGGAUUACAGAUGAAUACACGAUCCUUCCGGUCUGGCCCGCCGAGCUACAAGAAGCGCCCAUCACGUCCCUUCCGUCAAGCUCAUCCCAAACGUGGGAGGCAGAGACAACGAUGUUCAAAACCGAGUUCACCUGUACCCAAAUGUCUGUGGAUCAUGAAACAUUCCCGGAUGUUCAGUACUCAAAGGAUGGAAUCAAGUACGGAGCCACGCCUUCUGUAUCUAUUAUCUGGUCCUCUCCUGGUGGAUGCAAAUAUGGGCUGUCUGUGGACAAGACUUUUUUUGACAUUGGAGGUGGCAGCUGGUCUGAUGCGUCGACUUUUUAUUACGCGACGAGCUCCCUGUUCUAUGAUUCGGGUAGUCCUCUUUCCACGACCAAUAUGACGGAAGAAUGCAAGAACAAAGAGAUAUUGAUUGUGACCGACUCCUGGAAGAACCCAGGAGCUGGCUACACAGCCCAACUGUGUGAUACUAAGUAUUACAUGGCUAAUGUUACGACUUCGAUUGGCCUUACGGGAGAUGAUCCCAACAUCUCUUUCAAUGAGACCGACUUUGAGGUCAACAAAGUUUUGAUUCCCAAUACAUUAGUGAACACAACUGAGUUCCGAAACCUGACGUUGGAUCCAAACUGGCCGACUUACAUGAUUUCGAUCCUGUGGUCAAACACCGCAUUGUUAGGAGGUCCCUCAAUUUUGCUAGGGGCCUUGUAUGAUUACAACAUGACUGCCUUGAUCAAUGAUCCGAACUGGGUCUCUUCAGCCGCCAAAGCAAAGCAACGCUACUUUGGAGAGGUAUUGCAAGCAGCGUUGAGCCACCAAGGUGCAUCCCAGAAAGUUGAAAUGCAAGGAAUAGUUCGAGACAUUGAAACUCGAGUGAUCGUGCAAGCUGGAAUCGCUAUUGCAUUGGGGAUCCUUUUUGCGCUUUCUUUCUUCCUUGUGCUUGUCAUUUGGUGGUGUUCCAGAUUAGGGCGGAGGCCAUUGAAUUUGAAGGAGGAUCCAGCUUCGACCCUGGGCGUGGCUUGUUUGAUGACGCAUAAUCCUCGCACACAGUAUAGCUUCAAGGCUUUCAGGCAACCUUCGGAGAAGGAACUGCAUGAGAAAUUGAAGGGUGUUCAGUUCUAUACCGACUCUCAUGGUCUGUCUCGAGUUAACCCUGAUGACUCGCUGAGCAGCAAUUCGUCUCAAUCGGAGAAUGGGACACCAAAACUACUCCGUCUACCAGCUCUUCUUGGUCUGGUCACUGUUCUUGUGGCAGUGGUUGUUGGUAUCGCCGUGUUGUAUCACUUUGCUGAGACCUCGGGUCUGUACCAGAAAGCCUUUGUCUAUGAAGUCAACAUCUCCUGGCUCAGCAACGGCAUAUCAUCUGUGGCACCCUUCUCCAUGAUUCCGACUGUCAUAGCUACUGGAGUUGGCCUGUGGUGGAGUGCCAUUGAUGAUAACUUCCGUCGCCUCCAACCUUUUAUAGCCAUGUCAAAGGGCCGUCCUCAAUUUUCACGGGGCGCUGGUCUGUCAUACCAGUCCUCAUUCUGGAUGUGGGCGUGCGUGAAAGCUGUGAUGAACAAGCACUGGCUUCUGUCCCUUCUUACUUUGGGGAGUACUCUCUCCCCGAUUUUCACUACUUCCAUGUCUGCCCUCUUUGACCGCGGCCCAGGAGUUGUUUCUCAGCCCAUCACAUUGGACCGUUCAAUAGAGAUCCGCGACAUUCCAUUUGUCUUUCCUACCGAGCAGUCAUACUAUCCCGGGGCUUCAAAUGAUUACGCAGCGGUCAUUCUUGCAGAUCUCUACCAGAAUCUUUCCACGCAUUGGAUGUAUACCGCAACGAUUCAAUUAACUCUGAAUGGAUCAGAGCCUGCAUGGAGCAAAGAUGGGUGGAGUUUCGUGCCCACCCAAAUGAAAAAUCUCGACAAUAUCAAUUUACCAAAUGACCUCGAUGCUUCCGACCAAGCAGUGGACGGAUCUCAAACCAAUGUUUCCUUCACCACCCCUGCCGUGAGGGGUCGCAUUGAAUGCAGUCAAUACCCCCUCGAAGUUAUGAUGAACAUUUCCAACUGGCUCACGCCAAAGGAUAUCAGCAAUCACACCAUCUGGAAUACGAGUACUAUCCCGACAGACGACAAAGGAGCAUACCUUCAAGGUGGUUAUCAACUCGGCGCAGAAGCACCCUGGACGGGAACACCGCGUCCCAGCAUGAUAUACCCGGUAAAUUCAUCCGACGCAGCCCUCAGUUGGAAUGGAUCCUGCCCGGGCUGCACGACUGUUUUCGUCAAUCCGGCUCAAAUCAUUUGCUGUGGAAAUGGAAGCAGUAGUGAGUGGGAUCCGAGCGUGGCUGUUGGGUACUGGUCUGCAAACACGAAUCUCAUGUCAUAUUCAACACGGCAGUGGCACAAAAAUUUCACUGCCAAAUGGUUUUACGGAAACGCAGUGACGGGGAUUACAAACAACGACAAUACAAUGGGUGGUGUUUCAUAUGAUGUUGAUAUGCUGUUCCCUAGUAUACCAUCACUAUCACUGCUGGACUGCAAGCCAAUCGUCGAGUCCGCAGAGGCAAACAUCAUUGUGAACCCGGCGAAUGGCGAGAUCCAAUCUUUCAACAUCACAACCAAACCCACAGAACUUACUGAAGCCUUCGCGGACAACUUCCUUCCCCAUAACAAAACCCAGUUCAGUCGGGAAACUGGCAUGGUAACCUACAAUGUGACAGUGAGCUUCGGUCGACUAUUCAUGGCAUCCAUGUUAACAGCGGCCGACACCUUGAACAUCGGCGGUGCACAGCAUGUCAGCGGCUUCCUCACCGAAGACCUAUACGACAACACAUACAACAUCCGCGACGAGAUGAACGGCCUCAACAUGGACUUCAUGACGUACUCCAUGUACUCGAUGGUCAAAAAGGACCCCAAAGCGCUUCUCAACAUGACCACGUACCAAGCCCUCGCCGAGAAGACAUUCACAACCUUCUUCCAACACUUCGUCAGCAACGACAUCUCUUUCGAGACUGGCGGCUGGGGCUACCAGAAAAUCAAUGCCAGCUUACCAGACACUCUAGGUCCUGUGAUUGAGAUUGUGGAUAAUUAUCUCCCGGGAACAAAAGCCGCAGCCUACCAGGAUGUCAUGCAUCCCAUCUCCCACACAAACCGCACAGUGGCAGCGCGCGUCACCCAACGCGUGGAACUCCUGCAGAUGAAUUCCAUCGCCGUCUGGCUCAGCAUCGGGAUAAUGGGCUGGCUAAUAAUCACAACCGCCGUGGUAGCAGUGCUACAAAAGCGAUACUUCGGAAGCCUGGUGCGCAACGUGGAAGGCCUAGGCGACGUGCUAGUCCUGAUAGCCGGAAGUUCAAACCUACUACAAGUCGUACGCGAGAUCCAGGCUGGACGGCUGAGACCGGACGACUACGAGCAUCUGCGCACGCGACUGGGCUGGUUUGUGGACGACGAUGGAGGCCUGCGAUGGGGUAUUGAGAUGGAGGAGAGUUUUGCAGAGGGCCCAGGCGUGCACUGGGUGUCUGCAGCGCAGUUCUCGAAGGAGAAGGGCGGAACGAAGACGUGGACAUUUAAGGAGGAACGGUCUGCACUCCUUGAUGGAAACAACGAUAAUCGCGACACGAGCAGAGUAUAA